UGCUGGUAGUUGUACUAUUUUUCAAUAUGUUGUCCUCAAUAGAUUGGUUGGAAUCUUACCUUUUACUGAAUUUAGGAUUAUGGACUAUCUCCAUUUGAAAGAACUAUAAUUUGUUCCAAUAUUUGUGUUAAGUGCAUAUGCACUUAAUUUGUGUUUGUAUAGAGAGAUCAGUACAAAAACACACACAUUGAUUUAAACAUAAUACAUUUUGUUGUCAUUGGGACCAUAUAUCUCUAAUUUUUUCCAUUUUGUUGUCAUUGUCAUCAUUGUCUAAGUCAAUACAUUUGACUGGGGUCAUCUGUUUGAAGAUCAUUUGAUGGCUUUGCUUAGUGCUAUUGAAGCGGGCCACUCUUAUCAGGGAUUGGCCUCUACUUCUAGGCAAUGUGCAAGAGAAAAUAGAGGAUUGAAAAGACUUUUAUGAUGUAUUAAUUAUGAACUUUGAGGUGGUAACUUUAAUCGUAGUAGUGUAGGGGAGGGUAAUGACUGUUUCUUUAUGAAGCCUAAAUUGAUUUCUUGGAGUGUUAUAGGCUUGAAUGAUCCUGGCAAAUGCCUUAGAAUCAGAAGUCUACUUUGGCAAUGGAAUAGAUAUAUUAUUCGCUUGCAGCAGAUUAAAUUGGAAAAUGUUUCUCUUGAAGAUGUGUUCAAAGCCUGUGGGGAUCCCCCAAAUAGAGUGGUUGUUAGUUAGCCUCUUGAGGGGCCUUUGAUGGAGUAUUGCUGGUGUGUGACAUUAGUGUGAAAGUGAUGUGUGUAUGGUGGAGCAUACUAUGGCUUAUUCCUUUAGGAAUGCUGAAGAUGCCUUUGCUUGGGCUUUGGUAGGAGUUUAUGGGCCAAAUUGCGAUUGCAAAAGAAGGUUUCUGCAUGAGUUGUCCAACUCCUAUAGACUUUAUUGGUUUAAUUUUCAUGUUUGUUUUGUGUUUUUUCUCUUCUUUCUACAUGAGUAUCUAGUACCGACUCUCAAUACCCAUUAAUGAGUGCAGUCCAAGUAACCACAUUCCUACUUGAAGUUUCAUCAGCACUGGAGCCUUAACUAAUUUACUGAACCCCUGAUAAUUACUAAUCAAAUUGUUGUCUACCUAUGGGACAGAAUCCUGUAAACAUCUCACAUCCACCAUGUAAUCUUACAACCUUUUUUAAACUAUGAAUCAGUCAAAAUCAGUGCGCAAGCCAGCCAAUAUUGAGCCACUAACUAUCAAAUAGUCAUCAGAAAGAUUGCCGUUUGGGUUUUCUUAGGGUAUAGAGAUAUUGCUUUGGUUUUGAUAGUGGAACAUCGAGUUCAGAUCUUUUGUACAAAAAACAAUGAAAAUUCGUGGUGGCCCUAUAAUGCUUAUUAUUUCCUGACCGUAAUUUUUCUUGUGGGGAAUGCGGGGCUUGGCUUGGCCCAAAAGCUGGCUCUCUACCUUGGUGGGGGUGGGCUGCGGGGAGGGUAGCAUCCCUAAUUGGUUGUAUACUCCAUGUGUGUUAUUGUAUAUACUAGAUAGUCAUUCUUACCAUGUAUAGAUAGUUAGGAACUUAUACGUUGGCUGUUACCUUGUAUAUUUCUUACCUUGUAAGGAAUGGUUGAUUGCCUAGUUAAUGAGAAGGAGGCUGCGCACAUAGCAGACAAGUUUUUCCAAAAAGUUCUUUGAGUAUUCUCGGUUCCUUGGCAAUUUGACAUGGUAUCAAGAGUAGGAUCAUAGUUUUCCUGUCUUCUACGAAUGUUUUUUCCUUUCUUGGGGGCUUCUUUGUGGGUUCUUCAUUCUCGGUGCUGUUUGAGUUUGUGUUUGGCCUUUCGUGUGCUUCUCGGUGCCGUCAGAGUUUGUUCUUGGCCUCUCGUUUGACUAUCGACAUUGUCUGAGUUGAAGUCUGGGGUUACUUGUGAUUUUCGGCGCCCUCUGAGUGCUUCUUGUGCAUUAUCGGUGCUGUCUGUGUCGGUUUUUGGCGUUCCUAGUGUUUUUCGACCCCGUCUGUUGCUCUGUGGGAUUUCAUCUCAUUGUCGGUACUUUUCUUUUUCUGGUUUUUGGGAUUUUGACGCAGAGUACUAUGUUCUUUUCUUUUUGACGCAGAGUUAUUUUUUUUUGGCCUGGGUGUUAUCUCUGAAUCUAGGACACAUGGUUGUUGUCUCUGCAGCAAUUGGGUGUUAUUUUUUUUGUAGUUCCUAAAUCUUGUCGCUGCGACAUCUCUCUGGUGGACAUUCUUGUGGCUGCAUCAUGUCAUCAGAUAAGUUCGAUUCCUUUCAUCUUCGUUUUACUGGCAAAAAUUAUUCAGCUUGGGAGUUUCAGUUUCAAUUAUUUGUCAAGGGGAAAGAGUUGUGGGGUCAUAUUGACGGGAGUGAUCCUGCACCUAGCGAUGUAGAGGCUUUGUCUAAGUGGGAAAUCAAAGAUGCUCAGCUUAUGACCUGGAUUCUUAGCUCGGUUGAGACUCACCUUGUUCUCAAUAUGAGGCCUUAUAAAACUGCCGCUGAUACGUGGAAUUACCUUAACAAGGUUUACAAUCAAGACAACACGGCUCAAUGCUUUCAAUUGGAGUAUGAGAUGGCUAAUUUCACACAGGGAAGUCUCUCCAUUGAGGAAUAUUUUUCUGGUUUUCAAAAUUUGUGGGCUGACUAUUCAGACAUUGUUUAUGCUAAUGUUCUCGCUGCAGCUCUCUUUGCCGUUCAAGUAGUGCAUGAAACAAGCAAGAGAGAUCAAUUCUUGAUGAAGCUCUGUUCCGAUUUUGAAAUUGCACAUUCUAAUUUGAUGAAUUGUCAUCCUGUACCAUCUCUGGAUGCUUGUUUGAGUGAACUUCUUCGUGAGGAGCAGCAUAUGGUAACUCAGGCUGCCAUGGAACAUCGGGCUAAUGUUAGUGCACCUGUUAUUGUGGCUUAUGUAGCACAAGGGAGGAAUAAGGGUAGCGACAUGCGUGUUGUCCAGUGCUUUAGUUGUAAAGUUUUUGGCCAUAUUGCUCGGGAUUGCCCCAAGAAGUUCUGUAACUACUGCAAGAAACAAGGCCAUAUCAUCUCCGCUUGUCCCAUUCGCCUUGAAAGGAAGCAGGGUGCUGCUUAUCAUGCCUCCACUAGUGCCUCUAGCUCUGUUGCAUUGCCUGCUGUCUCGCCUGUUGUUCCUAUUCCUGCUCCUAUAGCCUUAGCAAACCCGAACACACUCACUCUUGAAAUGGUACAACAGAUUAUCAUUUAUGUUUUUUCUGCUUUUGGGCUCUCAGAAAUUAUGAUGGAACUCUGAAAAGUAACACCGCUGAUGGCAGUUCUUUGCUUAUCAGCGCUGAUCAAGUGUUAGGGAAGAUGAUCGCGAAGGGGCCUAACGUGGGACGACUAUUUCCUCUCCACGUUUCUCCUUCCACCAUUAUCCCUAGUUUUCCUUUACUUUCUUUGCAUGUAAUGUUGUUGGUUCUGGAAAUAAGAUGUGGCAUAGUCGUCUAGGCCACCCAAACUCUGAUGUACUUCGUACUUUGUUUAAUUCUGAUUUAUUGGGAAAUAAAGCAUGUUCUUCUCUUGAUCUUUC